UCGCACAACACAACACAACACGAGGACAAGGCGCAUGCGGAUUUUAAACUUGACUGUAAGUGAUAUUUUGCUGAAAACUGUCCAGCAGGUCAUCUGAGUACUGGUGUGUGGUGUCCAUCAUGGCUGAUGAUCUGCUGAUGAUCAACAUCUUCAACCAGCAACCUACUGACUCUCACUUCUCUGAGAAGAAGCACAAGUCUCCAUCAGAGCACAAAUGGACAGCAAAAAAUUCAGCCGAUGGAAAAAGGAAGGCCUCAUUUGGAGAAGACUAUGGCUCUGCCAAGCAAAGAAAGCUCGACCCAACAAAUGAGUACCAGGCAGUGUCGAAGUUCCCAUCAAAACCCAAAAGGCCUCCAAAGAAAGGACUGGAGGAACACAAGGGACAUGACAAACCUUUUAUUAAGACGUCGUCUCUUUUCCGAAACAACCCCGAGAUCCCAGAUGUGCUCAGGCCUGCUGUGACUCAGGUGAAGGAGAAGAUCUUUACGAGUAACUCCUUUCAAGAACUAGACCUGCAUCCUCACUUAGUGGCGACACUGAACAAAGUGUUAAACAUAAGCAGUAUGACCAGCGUACAGAAGCAGACCAUUCCGGAGCUUAUAUCAGGAAAAGAUGCUGUUGUUCGAUCUCAGACUGGAUCCGGGAAAACGCUGGCGUAUGGAAUCCCUCUGGUCCAAUCACUGCAGGCGGUGCAGCCAAAAAUCAAGAGAUCAGAUGGCCCACUGGCAGUUGUGAUUGUGCCUACGAGAGAGUUGGCACAGCAGAGCUUUCAAAUCUUCCAGAAGCUUCUAAAGCCGUUCACCUGGAUCGUACCUGGUGUCCUGAUGGGAGGAGAAAAGAGGAAAGCAGAAAAAGCCAGACUGAGGAAAGGCAUAAAUGUUUUGAUCUCCACUCCAGGACGGCUGGUAGACCACAUCAAGAACACUCUGAGUAUUGCUUUUAGUGCUGUACGCUGGCUUGUUCUGGAUGAAGCAGACAGGACUCUGGAUCUGGGCUUUGAGAAGGACCUGACUGUAAUCCUGAACACUCUGAAUGCUGCCGGCUCCACUCGACAGACGGUGCUGCUCUCCGCCACACUCACUGAGGGGCUCUCCCGGUUAACCAGCAUUAGCAUGAACGACCCCGUGUACAUCCAUGUCUCGGAAGUCACUGAUGAAAAAAGCGUGGACACACCCAAACCCUCGCUCUCAUCCCAGACUCCGCCUUCUCAGCAGACUGACAGCUACGCCGUGCCCAACAGGCUGCAGCAGUAUAUGGUCGUGGUGCCGAGCAAACUGCGCCUGGUCUGCCUUGCAGCAUUUAUCCUGGCCAGGUGUAAGUUUGAACGGGAUCAGAAGCUCAUCAUCUUCGUAUCCAGCUGUGAGGCAGUGGAGUUCCUUGUCACGCUCCUCUCCACUGUCCUGUGCGGUAAAUCCAGCACUACAAACAAGCACCAGCUGUCGAUCAACUUCCUCCGACUCCAUGGCAACAUGGAACAAGAGGAGCGGACCGAGGUGUUUCAGGAGUUCUCCCAGAGUAAGACUGGUGUCCUGCUGUGUACGGAUGUGGCAGCACGUGGGUUGGAUCUUCCUCAAGUCACAUGGAUCGUACAGUUUAACCCUCCCACUUCUGCAGCGGAGUACGUGCAUCGUGUCGGCCGUACGGCUCGCAUCGGGGCUCAGGGCAACGGACUUCUCUUUCUCACCCCCUCAGAGACCACCUACAUGGAUGUCUUGGCCAAUCACAAUAUCAGUCUCAGUGAGAUGAAAAUGGAAGACAUCUUGUCAACUCUGAUGAAGGACGAGCGCUUCAGAGGCAGGGGACAUUGGGACAAAAAGAAAUCAGCCGGUGCCCGUGAGCAAGACAUGCGCGAGAGAGCGACGGUUUUACAGACAGAGUUUGAGAAUUAUGUCCAUGGCAGUGUGGAGUCGGUGCAGGCAGCGAAGAAAGCCCUGCAGUCGUUCGUGAGGGCGUAUACGGCGUACCCCUCUGCUCUGAAACACAUCUUCCACAUCCGUCACCUCCACCUGGGCCACGCUGCCAAGAGCUUCGGCCUGCGAGACGCACCACAGGGCCUGUCGUCCGCCAUCAGCGACUCCACGGAUAACGGGAAGGGCAAGAAAAAAGUGAAAGGGAAGGAUAAAAAGAGGCCCACUGUGAAGCUCACAGCGAGACAGCGAGUGGCCAGCCUGAUCCGCUCCGAGUACAUCAGCGGGAUAGACGGAGAGUCCAAAUCCAAAAAGAAGAGGAAGAAGAAAGCAAACACAGAAGAUGAGCUGACAGAAGGGUGAAAGAGCGAGUGAUGCAAAGGGGCUGAAAAGUCAUGGACUCCUGGACGGAGGUUCGGAGUUCCAGGUGUUCAAACCCACUGCGGGACAUUUUUACCAGUGACAUGACACGGCAAAGCACCAUGAAACUCGUCAUCCUCAUCAGCUUCAUCACCAAGCGCCUGAAGAGGAGCUUCGCUUCACUUCACUGUGUAGAAGAUUUGUUGAUGUAUUUAUAAAUGUGUAAUGCUUUCUUUUUUUUUUGCAUUACUGGAGCUGUUCGAAGGCGUUGGAUAAAUUGUAAAAUUAAACAGAUGUAAAUUUGUA